AUGUGUGCGGAUCAAGCGGGGAUUUCUGGUCUCGUGAUAGAUGUCUUCCCGCACGACAUAGAUUCGAUUGAGACGAUCCAGCAAGACGCGGACAAGCGACCGUGGUUCCUUAAUCUCCAUCGCAUCAGACGUCCAGACGGGCCUCCAAGGUACCGCACUUCAGAGGUUACGUUUGAUCCUUUAAAUAACUCAGGGGACCUAAAGCUUACAUUGUAG